UGCCAAUGGUGGCUGCGCCUUGUUUGUGGCAAGUUGCACGGAGGGAGAAAGCGGAGCGAACAGAGGCGCAGUGUGCGCGGGGGAGCCCGCCAGAGGGAGGGUGGGAGAAGGGAGGGAUGGGGCGAGAGGAGGGCGGCCGCGAUGCCCGCAAGGAGCUGCCGGCAGCGUGGAGGAGAGCGAGGGAGCUGGCCCGGUAGAGGAUUCUGCUCAUGAGCGCAGCGCGCCCGGGCCUCGGCUGGGAGAGCUCUCCCGGCUCUUUAAACUCUGCCUGCAUCAAGUGCCUUUUGCCUGCCCCUUGCAGAACCCGAGCUCAGCCCGCCCGCAGCUCCCCUUCCCACUUUGGCUUCCGCAGCAAAUGCAGCCAAAGGCCGAGCGGUGCUCCUUAAAAAAAGAAAAGGAAAGAAAAAGUACGUGAGUGAGCGAGGAGAGGGGUGGGGAGAAAGUGGGUGGGUAUUACAAACGUAUGCAGGCUGUUGUAGGAAUGAGAGGAGCGGAGCAAGAUCGAAUCGCUCUGGAGAGCUGCCCUUUGAGGCUCGAAGUUGAGUGGAUCGGGAGUUCCUGAACGCCAGCUCUGCUGAGCGCUUCAAGUGUGGCGGCAGCAGCUGUAGAUGUGUGCGUGCUGAACUCUGUCCUGCCCCGCUGGAUUUGUACCAUGCUCAAGGUUCUUACGAAGAAGCUCAGAAAUCAGAGUUUGAAUGAGAUCCAGCCCUUCCAGUUAAAGAUUUCCUACCCUCCAAGUGAUGAGGAAGAUAGUGAUGAUUCUGAAGGAGAGAACCAAGAACUUGCUCAGAUUGACAGAGAGAGAAGACGCAAUUGCACCUUGACCCCACUGGCAACCAAUCAGCUGCAGAAUCAAGAAAACCAGUGUGGCAAAGUACGGACCCAUUUUCCUCCUGGGCUGGACCGCCACAGCUCAGAAGAGGAGCUAGAGCGCAUCAGCCGUGAAUUUGCUGCUGAGAAACGGAAGUGGUCGCAGGUCAACCGGCUUGCCUGCUGUGGCGACAGUUACAACACGUCCUCCAGUGACGAGGAGGUGAAGAACUUGUGUGGCAUGUCCUUCCGGCCAGUGGUUGAAGGGGUGGAUGGCUUGCAUGCCAGCUCCAGUCCAGUGCUCUUCAGUGCCUCCCCUCCCAAGAGACUCCAGCCCUUGGUACGCACCCCAACAUCCCGGCCUCUAAUCUUCACAAGUGUUGGAGCCAGCUUUGAGCAAGUGAUGCCGUGUAAGCGACACCGGCAGGGCUAUGGAGAUAAGGUUGGUAGGCCCAGCCUUGACCUGGAGAAAAUGCAGCAGAAGAUGCUAUUUAAGAAGAGUUGUAGCACAAAGACAAGAAUCAUCAAAAUCCGUCACAUCAAUGGGAGCCGGCCAACACCUCACUUUUUGUAUGACCCGUCGACUUUUGCCUUCCGAUCCCUGAGCACCUUGAAUCCUCUGAGCCCAAUAGCUCCAGUUGAAGAUCCAUCAUGUGCCUACUGAAGGAAAUGCUCAAAACUCUCAGGAAUCAUCACACCAACCAACUGCCCCAUCAGGGACUGGGGCUGGGUGGGAGGGAGCAUGUAUUUGCAAUGCCAUCAAGAAACUGGUUUUUCUGUAGUCCAGUUUUUCAUGCCACCGUAACUUUGAAGAUUGGUGGAAAGGGAAUGUAUGUGCAUUCUAGGCUCAUAAGCCAUAGUGCAAUUCUUAUAAAAGAAGUUGCUGGUUUCUUUUACAAGAAAGUUGGUAUAUUGCCCAAAUGAGUGAGCAGCUGCCCAUGUACUGGAAUGUGAGGACUCAGCAUGUUUCUAUCAUUUCCCACCCAAAUCUAGUAGAGUUCUUCCUUCUACACUGGGCUAUCCCCUUGGAUCAGCUCAUUAUCAGUAUUUGGGAAGAUCUCUGGUCUCCUUGUGACCAGACAAAUGUGGCCUUAGCUGCUCAUGGAGGGUUGUCUUAACUUGUGUUGUGUGACGCUGAUACAGGGCUAGAGCAAGAAGCACACUGAGAUUUUACAUGGUCCAAAUCAACUCUAGGAAAAUAUAGCUCAAAUAACUAUUCCAUCUGGGGGUGAAAAAAUGUCCUAUAUUUUGCCCUGUGCAGUCUGCAGUAUAGCACCCUAUGCUGUGACUGGCUAGAUGGUGUUACCCUAAAGGUACGCAGGAGACUAGAGGGGAAGGGAUGAAUUUCCUCUCAUGUUGGCCCCUUCUGCACAUCCCUUAUUGAGCUGUGUGAGUGUCACUUCCUUGUAUUGCUAUCCCAUAUGGCCCAGCUGAUGGUUUUUGAAUGGCAGCCCACAUGCUUGGGGCCACCCCUUUGCAACCCACAUGGGCAGAAAUGCACAUGAGGGAUUGUCAUUGAAUUAUAUCUAACCCCCUAGUUCAGGUGGAUGUUAUACCAUGCUCAGGCCCUGGGAGCCGAGGUUUAUAGAUGUUCCCAUCCUGUUGCCUAAUUACCUCUUACAGAUAUGGGUGACGGGACACAGGAAGCAGAAAUGUUUUAAUCACAGCAUUUUAGGGAGGCAAUAUGGCCGCUUUAAUAGGGCUGCAAUCUCUUCCUCCCUGUGUUGGUGAUCUUUCUUCUGUUUGCCUCUGUUCACAACAGAGUGACCAAUGAGUCACAUCUGUAUAGGAUUGGCGAGCAUUCUGUACCUUCAAGAUGCUUUGGAUGAUAAUUCCCACCUGCUGCAGCCAGCAUGGCCAGUGGUCAGGCACGAUGGGUGUAGUCCAACGCAUUGAAGCACAGCAGGCUGCCAGCUCCUAUUUUAUAGCAUCUCCUCCUCCUCCAUUGGCAUCUACCAUAUACAUUGAACCUUAGGAAACUAAGUUCUAGCAAUGUGCUUUCAAAGUCUUGUAUCCAAAGUUGCUCUUAGCUGUGUACUUAAUAAUAUGGAGAAGAGCCCAGGAAGCGCAUGCUGUGCAAUUUCCAUUUUUAAUUUUACUUUAAAAACAUCUAAAACAAUGUUUGAAAAAUAUGAAUGGCCGUAGGGUGGACAAUUUUUCUGCUUUCUUUUAUAGUUAGGAAUUCAGAUUUUAAUCUGUUACAAAACAUAGCCCCUACAGAAAGGGCUAAGCAAACUGCUCUUGUUUCCAUUGGAUUCUUAAGGUCAGAGGCUUUCUAAGCUGCACUAAAGAGCUGAUUCCAUUGCCUUCAGUCCUCCAUGUCAAGCUGUGCAUAUACAUGCUGGUAGCAAGAGCAUCAGGAUGAAGGGAUCUCUUAUUACACCAUUCCAUGCAAGACUAAUUCAGGGAUGUGUCCAACUCUUUUCACCAGCAUUACUGAAAGAAAAUCAGAUUGUUGCUCUUUGUCCACUGGGAUGAGACAAAAACAAUAACAAAGUGCAACAGGGGUAUUCCCUUGCUCCUUCAGUUGAAGGAGGGGAAUUUGUCUUUUAAUCCUGAAGAUGCCUUUUUUUGCAGGCUGUUUGGUCAAUAAUACAUAUGAGGAUCUACAGUCCCUUUAGACUUGGCCUUCCUAUCUUAACAACAAGGGCAAAUGUAACCUGGCUUUGCCAGUUCUGUAAAUUAGGUUUGGCCUACAAAUGGUGUGUGUCAAGGCUUUGGGGUGCUUCCCAUAUAGAAAAGCCUUCACUUUGUUCCACAGGCACUGCAGAAUGCUUUAUGUCUUUGCUAAACUGGCUAUUUUUAAUUGGCCUAGAGGAUGCUGUCUCGUAUGAUGCUCCUAGAUGAAGGAAUGGAGGAGAGACAGCCUCUGUUGAUGUUGCCUUUCUUUAGGACUUUUGUAAACCCCCCCCCCCCCGCCCUCUCUCUC